AUGACAUACUGGAAAGAUGGAGCGCGACUUGUGCAGUGGAAGUGGGUUUCGCUGUCGCGACAGCUGUUUCCGUCCCUGGGACCUGUUCGUUCGUUUCUAGCCCAUAGUUUUUCACUGAAGAGAGCGGGCAGCACACCGGUGCGUUUGAAGCGUACACUGCGCUCGGACAAAGCGAACCAAGGCUCUCCCGGACCGACAACAGAUAAUGCUGCCCGACGAGAGGCGUCGAACGAUCCAACGCCAGCGGACGCUGGCGCACCACCAGCAGACCUGUUUCCGCCGGAAAUUUAUGGUGAGCCCUUGAACUACACAAACAGCGACCAUGACGCCCUGCGACGAGGUGUCAGCAACGCUUGGAGUCUCCGCGAUCUGAGAGCUGCGGCGCUGUGGCCCGCAGUGGCUCGCUGGCCUCAGCGUCGAACGCGCCCCCCGAUACGAGAGACGCCCACGGGAACACCGUUUGUUUCCCAAUUCUUCGAACUGCCCCCGGGUCAUAUGGUACGCUAUCUCGAAGACAAAGGCCUCGAGGUCCGUAUGAUGGACCAGCACGCAGUGGUCCGCAUCUGUCCCUUUUGCCCGCCCGUGCGCGGCAAGGCGGACAACAUGUUCAAACUUUACGUCCAUACGUCUAGUGGCGUGUUUUUCUGCCAUCGCUGUGGCGCGAAAGGCAACCACUGGGACUUGAAACGAAGUUUUGGUGAUAUCCUGGAACCACUUAGCUGGAGAGGUCAGUUUCCUGAAAACGCGCACCUUGCUCCAGGCGCGCAUCCAACAAGUGCUCGCCCCGCGGAUUCAGGAGCGGCGUCAGUGAGCGCUAAUACGUCACAAAUAGACUCAGUGGCAACGGAGCAGUUGCCUGUGGUUGAUGCGGCUCUUGCAGCUCAGUGCGAAGCACGCCUAGAGAGCAGUGACGCAGUCAAACAGUUCCUGAAAUCCCGUGGCUUGCAACUCGCAACUGCACGCAAGUUCCGCGUCGGAGCCGGCCGCUUUCGUUUUCGUGAUAGCGGCAGCACCGCAGACAUCUGGUCCGAGCACGACUGCAUCACCUUCCCGUGGAUAGAGCCGGAAUGGCUUACCACGCGUGCUCCAUCAACGCUGGUGGAGCUAGACCACCGACGUGACCCGAACCCUGCAGGGUCCAAUCUCGGCAGCGAAGAGAGCGCCUGCCAGGACUCCAGUGUUCCACCGCCAUCACGCGUGUUGCGGCUGAAGAUCCGUUCUGUGCUGCGCAAGUCGGCAAUGCGACUGGAGCCGCGUGGUGGCUACUGGGGUCUUUUCGGUAUGCAUCUUGUCCCUGCGGAUGCAGAGUGUCUCGUGGUGACUGAGGGCGAGUUUGACGCGAUGGCGGUGCACCAGUCAACGGGCCUCAGUGCGGUGUCGCUUCCGAACGGCGCUCGAUCCCUGCCUCCUGCGCUUCUCACCUGGUUGGAGCGUUUCAAGCGGAUUUAUCUCUGGCUCGAUGACGAUAUCCCUGGACACGAUGGAGCGAGGCAGUUCGCACACAAGCUCGGGUUGCAACGCUGCUUUCUUGUUGGAAGCGGCAAUGGAAGCGGCCCGAAGGACGCAAACGAGGCGCUUUUGCAGCAGCGCGACCUCUUCGCCAUGAUCGAGCGAGCACGUCCAGUGCCGCACGAGCGAAUCGUAACGUUUGCUGACCUGCGGGCCGAUGUCCAGCGAGAGUUGGCGAAUCCUGUGCAGGUUCGUGGCCUCCAGAGUCAGACCUUGCCCGGACUUAAUCGUCUGCUGAAGGGUCACCGUCGCGGCGAGCUCACCAUCUUUUCUGGACCGACCGGCGUUGGGAAAACCACAGUGCUAUCGCAACUCUCGCUUGAUUAUUGCAUGCAAGGUGCGAAUACACUCUGGGGUUCGUUCGAACUGAACAAUGUUCGGAUGGCGAAAGUGAUGCUCAGUCAGUUCGCCGGCAUCGGUCUGGAUGCCAUGGGGGAACGGUUCGAUCAAGUCGCUGACCAGUUUGAACAACUUCCUCUUUAUUUUCUGCGAUUCUUCGGGUCCAGCGAUGUGGAUCAGGUCAUUCACGCUAUGGAAUACGCAGCAUAUGUUUACGAUGUCGCUCAUGUGGUACUAGAUAAUUUGCAAUUCAUGACGAGUGGACAGGGGCGUGGAUACGAGCGCUUUGAGAUCAUGGAUCGCGCCAUUGAAAAGUUUCGCGCUUUUGCGACGGAACAUAACGUACACGUCUCAGUCGUGAUCCAUCCGCGCAAAGAAGACGAAGAUCAACUUCUCAAAACAGCCAGCGUUUUUGGAAGCGCGAAAGCAACCCAGGAAGCCGAUAAUGUGAUCAUCAUUCAGAACGGACGUCAUUACAAGUACCUGGAUGUGCGGAAGAAUCGCUUCGAUGGCGAACUGGGUAACAUUCCGUAUCGUUUCGAUCCAGUAACGCGCCGGAUUCGGGAACUGCUUCCGGACGAAAUUCAGCAGCUCGAGGACGGCUACCGAGUAUGCUCGUAA